AUGAAGCCUGUGAUUGUCCUUGUGGCCUGCUCCUUCCUCAGCACGAUCUCGGCUGAUCGAGGGUCUUGUGUUGGUCGCUGUGACCAAAGCUUCAAUCCUUUACAGAAAUGUCAGUGCGAUAACAUGUGCAAAUUCUACACGAGCUGCUGUGAGGAUUACGAUACGGUUUGUAAAAGAGUUCGUGGGGAUGUGUUCCACAUGGCUGAGGAUGAAUAUGCUGAUAUCUUGGACUCCCCCACUGCGGACUAUGGGACGGUCAUACCAGAUUAUUUUGAUGAGAGAGUACAACCAGAACCCACUGGAGAACCAGAGCCGGAACCGGCUGGGGAACCAGAACCCGAACCGGCUGGGGAAUCAGAGCCAGAACCGACUGGGGAACCAGAGCCGGAACCGGCUGGAGAACCAGAGCCAGAACCGGCUGGAGAACCAGAACCCGAACCGGCUGGGGAACCAGAGCCAGCACCAAGUUUGGAGCCAGAACCACAGCGGGAACCAGUUGAUCUCUGCACCAGUAGACAACCCAUUGAUGCAUUCACAGAUCUCAAGAACGGAUCCAUCUACGCUUUCCAGGGAGAAUAUUUUUAUGAACUGGACAAGUACAGUGUUGUUUCAGACUAUCCCAGACUGAUCAGUGAAGUGUGGGGAAUGCGUGGUCCAGUUGAUGCCGCAUUCACACGAAUUAACUGUGAGGGAAAAACCUACAUUUUCAAGGGUGAUUCUUAUUGGCGGUUUUCUGAUGGAAUUCUGGAACGUAAUUUCCCAAGACUGAUCCAGGAUGGCUUCCCUGGCAUUCCAAACAAUAUUGAUGCAUCAUUGGCAGUGCCUGCCUGCAAUAUUGAUGGUAAAGAGCGAGUUUAUUUCUUCAAAGGGAAUUCCUAUUGGGAAUAUAUCUUCCAAAACCAGCCAACCCAGAAGGAGUGUGCUGAUUCAUCUAUCUCUGACGUGUUUCUGAGAUACUCGGAUAUGGACAGCAGUUGGGAGGAUAUCUUUAUCCGUCUCUUCCCAGUUACUUCAAACGUUGGUGCUAGUGGACCCAGGUUGAUCAGUGAGAAUUGGCAUGGCAUCCCAGGCAGGGUGGACUCCGCCAUGAUUGGGAAACUCUUCUUCGUCCGACAAUUCCCGAGUCUCGGCUGGCAAAAGCCGAGGAAGCUGAAGAAGCCGAAGAAGUUCUCGAGGUGGAACCGAAGGAGACAGCAGCGGAGGAAGCAGUCCUCAAGCAUGGACAUGGAUCUGUUCUCCCUCAUCCCCAGCCAGAGUGUCUACUUCUUUGUGAAAGAUAAAUAUUACCGAGUGGAUUUGGAGAUGAAGCGAGUGGCGUCCGCUCGCCCCUCUUACCCACGGUCCAUCGCCAGGUACUGGUUCAAGUGCAUGGAGCAGCCUUUACUCCAUGAAUAA